UUUCCUCUCUUACCAAGAAUAUAAAAAAAAGAUACAUCAUGAAAAUGUUGCUAGUUCUACUCUUCUUCCUCCUAGUCACACUUGUAGCAACAACUCAAGCUUCAAAUGGAGCUAUAUCCCACCAGAUUCAUCUCCUCAGGCCACAAACUGGUUCCGGUGGGAGGCACGUCCCCGGCAUUUCAUGCCUGAGCUGGAGACUUGGUGUUGAAACCCACAACAUCGUUGGCUGGACGACUGUUCCAGCUGUCUGUGAAGGCUAUGUAGGGCACUACAUGCUAGGCCACCAGUAUAGACAGGACUCGAGAGCUGUUACUAAUGAGGCUUUGCUCUACGCUAAGAGCCUGAACCUUACAAAGGACGGCAAGAACUUGUGGGUCUUCGACAUCGAUGAGACUUCUCUCUCCAAUCUGCCUUAUUAUUCUCACCAUGGAUUCGGAGUAGAGGUAUAUAAUUCCACUUCAUUCGACGCCUGGGUCUUAGAAGGCACGGCCCCAGCUUUGCCUGAGAGUCUUAAACUGUACAAUAAGUUAUUGGCUCUUGGAAUUAAGGUAGCAUUCAUAACUGGAAGAGGAAUAUCUCGAAGAAGUGUCACAGAAAUCAAUCUCAAAUACGUUGGAUAUCACACAUGGGAAAAGCUUGUGCUAAAGAAUUCAUCUUAUUCUGGUAACACAUCUGCUGUGUAUAAAUCAUCGGAGAGAAAGGAACUUGAAAAGAGUGGAUAUAGAAUAAUUGGGAACAUUGGUGAUCAAUGGAGCGAUCUUUUAGGCACAAAUGUGGGCGACCGGACCUUCAAGUUGCCUGAUCCAAUGUAUUACAUUAGUUGAACAACAGUUUUUUUUUUUUUUUUUUCACUAGGUUGAAUAUUUUAUC